AUCUGAUAGAUGUGUUCUAUUAUAGAAUUAUCGAGGUUAAGGCUGGGGGGCCUUGGGAGACGUCACGUGGUUUUGGUCUCUGACAACACAAACUCUUACCGCCGGGUGCGCACGUGGGUGACGCUGCAGGGCCAACCCUCCUCGGGGUCCCUUUUGUUAAACCAUCAAACAUAAGAACCUUUGGAGAUCCCGAGGGGUUCAGAUGAGAAACGGCCAUCACACCGAGCACGGAACAUUCCUUUAUCAGCCAUACGCAGCCAUGUCGAGGUCAUUUUACGUCGAUUCUUUAAUAAUCAAGGACACUGUGAGACCGGGACCAACUGAACACCCGGCACAGGACUUCCUCAUUCCCAUCAGCAUGCACUCGCCGAGCAUCAUGACGGUCACCGCUCCCGUGUGCCCGUCCAGGAAAACUGGGACUUUCUGCGUUUGUCCACUCUGCGUUACGUCCCACAUCCACUCGUCCCGCAGCGGCAUCCCUUUGCUGAAGACUCAGUUCGCAGGAGCAGAGGCGCAGUACUGUGACAGAAUUGCGCAUCAGCAGUCUCCAGCUCUGGCACACCCGGGACACACACCUGUUUGCACGCCCACCUUCAGCGUCACAGACCCCAGGAGAUACCACUGUCUUUCUAUUGGCGCCUCUGAGAGCAGUCACAUGCAAAAUGGAAAAAGGAUGCGCACGGCGUUUACCAGCACACAACUCUUGGAACUGGAGAGAGAGUUCUCGGCGAACAUGUAUCUUUCGAGGCUCAGGAGGAUCGAAAUCGCCACGUAUUUAAACCUGUCGGAAAAACAGGUGAAAAUCUGGUUUCAAAACCGCAGGGUGAAGCACAAGAAGGAGGGCAAAGCGACCCAGAGGAGCGCACACAGCGGCUGCAAGUGCACAGGCGGCCACACAGACUACUCCAGAUCGGAGGACGAGGAGUCUCUGUCCCCGGCGUCUGCCACGGAGGAAAAAGAGACGUCAAGCAUUUAAGACUUUGAACUAAACUCAGUUCCCAAGUGAUGUGUACCUGUACUGACCAUGGUUCACGAUAACACCGAGAACUCACGCAGGGACUGUUGAAAAAGUCCUUCCAGACAUCUCCUGUUUACUAAAUGUAAUAUUGUGUAUAUGUGUUCCUCAAAUGUCUGGAGAGCUGAGUAUUUCCACAGUGACAGACGGAUGUAUAUGUUUACCCUCCACUCAGCCGCACUAGGUGUGCUCCACUAAACUGCCCCGUAUUUAUAUUACCGGUACUUUUCUCCGAGGAAGUAUCCGUGUUCUCUGUCUCUGGAACAAGUACGCUUUAUUUGCCUAUGUAUAUGUGUAUUUAUUGUAAUAAACAGUCAACG